AGGUGCAUCGAGUUGAUUUGCAGUUUCAGUUUAUGCUUGACUGGAGGUAUAUUCAAAUAUCAUAACGGUGUAUUCUAUCAUUACUUUUGUGCCGUUUCAUAUAACUGCGAAAAACCUGCUUGUGUUUUGAUGUUAUGUACACAUGUACUGUUCCUUUUCCGUCUUUCUCACUUUCAAAUCAAAUUUCUUAUUGCCCUCCUUCUUAGGGGCCUCCUUUUGGCCAGUCCAGGAUUCCGCAAUAUCUGCUAAGGAGUGAUAUAGCUAAUGAGGUACAAUAAUUUAUUCAGGCAAGAAAAGAAUAUGGUUUUUGCUGCCUGUAGCCCUUUCAUUGCAAGGUCAUGGGAGGGAUGUUGACUUGCUAGAAACCUCCAUAGGGCAAGCUUGUGACUUUUUCAAUAAAAUGUGUGCUUAUUGUUUGAUAGCUCUUCAAAUUGCCCAAAUUAUUCCAGAAUCGCCGAAAUUGCUUCUGAAAUGCAAAACAGUGCUUCUAAUUUCGUUGACUCGACCAAAAAAAAGGGUCAAUUUAUAUUAUAAUAUCCAUCCACGUCUGUCGUCACACAAUAUGAAAUGCCAUUAACAGAGGAUGGUCGGAACGGUGGAUUUAUCAAUGGGUCAUGGAUUAGUAUUCUAAGUAUUACAGAAUUGUGUGAAUCUAUUUACUAUGUAUUUAUUAAGCAAAUUAUAUCAAAUAAAGCCUUUUUAAGAACUCCACUCCAACAGAUUGUUUGUGAUACUCAAGAUUUGAUAUUUAAAGAAUUUUAGAUUUAAUUAUACUGCAUAAAUUAUGAUGUCAUAUUUAAGUAAUAGCAAAUGACAUUUUCUGUCAUUAUAUAGUAAUUUAAGACCUGUUAAGGGAUCUGCAUUCAAACUCAAUGUAUUGAUAUUAUAAAGGUGAAUUGUUUAGCAUAAAAUGUUUUUUGCAAAAAUGACGCUCAUGUGCAGGCCUCUUAAUUUUUUGCUAAUGACCCAUAACUUGGGAUCUGCAUGUCGGUUUGUAAUAAAAUUUUGUGAGUAAACAUAUAGCGCCUAUACAAGCUUACCAAGAAAAUUUUAUUGUAAACCAAAUAAUAAUUCAAGUUUGUAUAGUUUUUUUAAAAACAAAAUACUUCAUAUGUUUUUUGUGUAACAAAACAAAGUAGUUUGUAGCAUUCGUAUAAUUCGAUGCAAUGUUUGAAUGUUUGUUACGAUUUUAUCAUGCUUCCUGUGCACAACGCUUGUUGCAUGAACAUGAUGUUAACAAAUAUUUUCAAAGUAUAUACUGUAGCAUCAUUCCUUUUUUCCAGAGGAUUUGUGCACCUGGUUACCAACCUAGUAACCAGGUUUUUAUGAACCCAGAGAUCACAGUUCUGACAUAUAUAAUAUUAAGUUUGCACCAACUCCUUUGGGACACAUGCUGUACAGCUAUUUAACUCUUGUUGUGGGCUUUUUAGCUUCACCUGAUGAGCCAAGUAUCUUAGUUUUGUGCACACUUAUUCUAAAACCAGAGUCUCUACGGAUGUUCUCCAAGCCUGUAACUGGACCUUAGGUCUUCUUAACUAUCACUCAUAAUGACAAUAUCAUCUGCAUAAAGCAUCUUCUGAGGGCAACCAAUACAAUAUAUUCACAAAAGCAAAAAGUAAUGCAUAAACUUCAAUGAACUUGUCUUGCACAAAAUAUGAAGAAGGGUUGGUAAUAAAGUACAUAAGCAAUAGACCAUUUUCCAUUUUGUGGUAGCUAUUAUGGAUUUUUACAUAAGUUGAGUUAGUAAACAUUGGGCCUUUAUAGUCGUUAACAUGCAAAAUUUGAUUAAAAGUGUAAAUGGUCUAUCAAUUUGUUUUGUUCUAUAAUUUGUGAACAAAGAUGCUGAUGUAUAAAUGUGAAAUACAAAUGUUUAUAUAUAUAUAUAGGUGAAUCUUUAUCAUGGCACAUCUGUAUUUUUUAUCCUCAAAAGAGAAUGUUUCACCCCAUCGGACCUCUGAUUAUGGCGGGCUAGUAUAAUCGUGUAAGUCAUAGUGAAGAAGAACAACCCUGCUCCUCACUAACAAUAGUGUUAGUGAUGACCAAAGUAGUUCUUCUGUAAUAUUGCAAAUGUGUUUGUUCAUUCUGCUUGUGGUAGAAGAAAGAGGCAGUAUGUGAAUGUUACCAUUUAUUUGGUUUAUUGUUUAAACAAAAUACUGACUCUAUAUGAUAAAUUUUGCCGUUCAUGAUAAGUCGGUCUAGUGAUACUAACCAAUCAAAUCUUAAAAGAUUUCUAAAAACAAAGCAUUAAAGGGAACCACCUGGGGUAUAAAAUCGUGGUGGGCUUAUAUUAUAGAGCUUAUAAAGUUGGUUAACAAGUCCAGGGUUCGAAAUAGAAAAGUCAAGUCGGUUCAGAAAAAUUUUUGCACUUUGUAACGAAGUAAACCACUAUCUAGAUGUGGCCUGGGAACACUGAAAGUGAUUCGCAAAAAUGGCAUUUCGAUUUGCAAAUUGCGAAUUGCGAACUGCUAAUUCAAACCCUGAAACCCUCUUUUUAAAUUUUUAAAAAAUGUGUUUUUUAUUCUCAAAAUAUUCACAUUCAAAGAAUUUCGAAUUUAAUUAUGAUGUCAUAUUUAAGUAAUAGCAAAUAUUGACAUUUCUGUCAUCAGUAAUUUUAGACCUUUUUAAGGAUGUUCAUUCAAACUUUAUUAAUGCAUAGAUAUUAUCAGGUUGAAUUGAUUAACAUAAAUGUUUUUGCCAAAAUGAUACUUGUUUGCUCGUCCCAGGCUUCUUAAUUUUUCUCUAAUGACCCAAUAACUUAGGAUCUGCAACUUGUUUUGCAAUAAAUAAUUUCUGUGCAAGCUUGUAUAGGCCCUUUAUGUUUACUGACAAAACGUGAUUGCAAACUGACAUGCAGGUCCCAGGUUAUGGGUUCGACAGCAAAAAAGUCCACCUAGCUAAUUUGUUUAACUAGGCUAUGAAAAAAGGUUGCGAAGCAUUUCACAAGUUGCAAGCAAAAUCUUUUUUAUAAAAAAUCAAAAAUUGGCUAUGUACUAUAUCCUAAUUUGCAGAUCCCUGACUGUUUGACUUUUCCCAUAGAACGUUAACUGUAGACAGUUGCAUACAGUUUUUAAAACCCUGCCCCAUGCAGAAAGAAAUUUGAAAAUUUAUAAUAAAUAAACUUUCCUGGUUUUCUAUUUUAAUAAUAAAACCUGCAGGAUUAUUUUCCUGCUAAAUUUUUCAACUUUUAGAUAAUCUAAUGCUGUGUUUGUUAUUAACCUGUUUUUUUAUUACAACAAUAUAUAGAUAGAUAUAUAGAUAGAUAGAUAGAUAGAUAGAUGUGCAUAUUUUACAUGGCUAGCCUCACAAAUAUCGAGGGAUAUACCCUGUCUAUUAUUUCCAGGAGGGGCCAUGGCUUAGAUGGAGAGUCCUAGAGUAUUUAAAGCUCAUUUUGAGCUACGCAGACCCAAUUAGAGCCCGCGCUCUACUAGACAACUCCCUGCAACAUCCAACGGCCCACACAGUGUGCCAUCUUCCCAAUUUCCCUCACAUGGCUUGGGUUAACCCGGGGCUAUGGUAACAUUCACUUGCCCGUGUUGAAUCGCCGUCAAGAGGAAUCGAACCCCGGUCUACCGCACAGAGUACGAGAGCUAUAACCACUAAUCUACGGCGCCACAGAUAUAUGUUAACAGGUAAUUUAUAUUGUGUUUUGGUGAUGACCUGGCUUUUAUUUCUUAGAGAAAAACAGUAUGGGUUGGCAAAAAAUUUCUGCAUUAAUAUGCAACAUAAUUGUGUGCUUGUCAUUUGGCUUUGGUGUAUUGUUGUUCUACAAAAUCGGCAAGCCCACUGUACAAGGAUUUUAUUGUAAUGACGACAGCAUAAACAAACCGUUCAAAAACAGUACCUUACCUUCUAAGGAAGUUACAAUUGUGGCAAUGGUUCUAUGCUUAUUUUGCUUCAUCGUUGUUGAAUCAUACAAUGUUUUUUUGAACAAACUUUCUGGCAGCAGUCUUGGCCAAUAUGCUAGACAGAAUGCUAAAAGUCUUAGCUAUACUGUUAUUGCAUUAUUUUGUAUUUACUUGUUUGGAGCUGGAGUUACUAUGUUCAUAACAGAUGUUGGGAAAUAUACAGUUGGACGGUUGCGACCACAUUUUUAUGCUGUUUGUAAGCCUGACUGGAAAAAACUUAAUUGCACUGAUAGCUCUGGUGUCAACAACUAUUUUGUUGGAGAUCAUUUUUGUCGAGCAUCACAAGAAAAAAUGAAAGAAGCAAGGCUGUCCUUCCCAUCAGGGCAUUCUUCAUUUUCAGCAUUCUCUGCUUUCCACUUGGUAUUUUACAUUCAGUCGCAGCUAGCAGUUACAAAUAAGUUUGGUUUUGUUCCAAAAGUAUGUGUGCAAGUUUUGUUGGUAUGUUUGGCAUUUUACUGUGGCUGUUCAAGAAUUGCAGAUAAUAAACAUCAUCCAACAGAUGUUGCUGCGGGAUUGUUUCUUGGUGUAGCAGUGGCCUACUGUUUUCAUGUUGUCUUGUCUCAAAAAAGACAAGAGAGAAUUUUGUCUCAACGUUCUGUUAAUGAUAGUGCAAAUGUAUCAGUUAUGAUAGAUAGAAUGAACCAAGAGUAACUGUUAGUUUGUUUGUUAUUUGAUCUAGGCCUUCGUGAAUUGCAUUCAUAGUAGCUAGUGUGUGGCAAUCUAAUAGUAUACACUAAAUAAUGUCCAUGUCAGGUUGCUGUAAAAUGCUGAACAGUGGAACACCGAAGCUCCGGAACAAGUGUCUGCCAGAACACUGGAACUCUGGAACAAGUUAACCCGGAACUCCAGAACAACCCAAGGAACAUGGAAACUCCGGAACAAUCCCCGAAACACCGGAACAAUAAAUUUUUGUAUACACUUAUUUACCACCUUGGCCCCAGGGCUUUUUUCUCUUUUUGAUAUCGUCCUGCAGUCCCGUUAUAAAAAGAGACAAAGAGCCCGGGGGUCGAGGUUGCCCCCCCAUUUGGCAAUUUACUUAUUUCAAUAUGAUGCAAGCAUAAAAGUAUCCAUCUUUUCUAUACCCCCAAUUAUUAAUUUCCAAUAAACUUGCCAACUCUGGGGUCGUUGCUUAGAAAAUGUUUUAAUUUAAUUGAACAUUUUAGGGUGAAUAGUAAGUAACAAAAAACAAAUUAAACGACAAUAUUUUCCAUUUAUCUGCGCAAAAAGUUUCCAAGAAAAAAUCACAAAAACUUCCCAAUAAUAAACAGUAGUUACAUGUUCCAUGCAACACAUCACGAACACGCCAAUAGAACAAUCCAUUGUCAAAUGGACUAGGGGUAACACCUAAUUUGAUCAAGCAAGACCAUAAACACACUUCACGAGUUUCCAUAAUUUUUCAGUAUUGGCUUCUUUAGGUAGUUUUAUGCUGUACGUUCUAUGGCAUAUCCUUGAAGAAAGGCUGUUUUAUGUCUAGAGAAUGGAGUGACCAUUUCAUUGACGCUGUGAUGGAAAGACAAAGUCGAACACUCUUUUGAGCAGGUGAGACUAUCUGUCCGAUAGUCUUGGGAUUCUUAAAAGCCUUUUGCAACUAGUCUGGCUUUUGUUUAUGAUUUGUUGUCAAUAACUUUAGGAGUGAUUAGGGAUCGUCUCCGAGAUCGUUUCAAAAAAAAUCGUUUCAAAUCGUUUCAUUUUUUAAUUAGCAUAGCAUGUGAUACGAAUUUGAAACGAUUUUAAAGUAAUGUUUAAUUUUUUGAAAUCGUUUCAGAUCGUAUGGAAAUCGUUUCACUAUUUCGUAAAUCGUUUCAUUAAAAAAUAAAAUCGUUUCAUAAUCGUUUCAAGAUUGUUUUAUUAUAUUCUUGAAAUCGUUUCACAUAACCAUAAUUCGUUUCAAAAUCGUAUCAUUAUGAUCGUUUCAGUAUAUUUAUUUUAGAUCGUUUCAAAAUCGUUUCAAGGUGUUUGUUUUACAUUCUUUUAACAUAAAAGAAAUUAUUAAUCUAAAAAAGGUCUCUCCAUAAAACCUACGCGCUAUCACAUAGGUAAAUUUCUACAUCGUAAAAAAUCGCGUAUAUAAAAACAUUAUUUAUAAAGAUUUGCUUUCGGAAAUUGUUUCAGCAUAUUUAUUUGAGAUCGUUUCAGGAUGUUUGAUUUAAAUUUUUUACAUAAGAUACAUUUACAUAAGAAGAAUAAAAGCAAUAAUUAUUAAUAGAACUCAUUACGUUAGGGCAUCAUUAGGUUGUAUAUCGCAGAAGUCGCCGGUGACAUGCUUCGAAAAUGCUUGUCACCGGCACAGUUUAACAUGAAGCAAAACUGUACAGGAGACUCAAUUGUCAAGAGUCUUCGCAGAACAUCUCUUCUCACAAAACCGAGGGCAGGGCUGACUUAUUGCCUGCUGUGUCGUGUGGGAGAAAGAACUUCUGGACUUCUUUUUAAUACGAUAUACAAUUUUUUCGAUUAUUAUUACGAAUCGAAUGGUACCACAGUAUUUCAGUAGCCUGAGUGAUUUUAGUUAGUGAUAAUGGCUUAACUUACUAAAAAUAGAUUUUUUUUCUCUGUAAACACCAGCUGUUCAUUGACGUCAUACCGAUUGUGAGUAAAAUUGUACCUGUUUCAAAACAUGAAAUUGUUUAAUAUGAUUUAAGAAUGUUGAACGUCGAGAGCGUGUUUACGUUUUUCGGGGGCACUUGCUUAUGACAAACUUUUUUAACUAUCGCUAAUAUAACGACGUGGGAGAAAAGAAAGAGAAUAAAUUUUUGCUGAAAUAUCAUAACAAACACUAUUUACACACUUUUUAUAAAAACAUAUACAAAAAUAACGGUAUGUUAAUGAUUUUAUUCGUUCAUUACGUUGUUUUCUUUUUCUUCCAACAUUUUUUUGACAACAACCCUUCUUUUUAUUUGUCUACAUUUUGAAUUAACAAGUUCGUUCAUAUUUGUAAUGGUUUCAAAAUCGUCUUUAAAAUUUUUUUUAGCCAGUGGAAGUAUUGUUUUUAGUCGAUUUGGAGAGAGGGCUGUUUUCUUUAUGACUUCUCCAUCAUAAGUUCUUUUCCCUCCCUCCACGCUGCCAUGCGCCAAUUCGAUUUCGGAAUAUUGCCGCUCUAAUUCCGCUUUAAUAAAUCCAGAGCAGCGAUUAACCGGAGCUCUUUUUUCCUUUAGACAUGGUGUUGAAGUUUGCCUUUCAAUAGGGAUAGGAGGAUUUUCAUGUAUUAUUAAUACGACAUUAAAACAUUUUUAAACGUUUCUCAAGUUUGAUAAGGUCCAUUAAAUGAUUUACGUGCAUUACGUUUGUACUUUCUACUAACCGCGACGGGAAAAGUUUUACAGUUAAAUUUCCAUUUCUUAGCCAUUUAAUUUUUUUUUCUUUUGAGUUUGUCUUCACAUAUUUCCGCUUUGCUGUUGAUAAAAUUUGUCACUGUGUCUCCUUCAGACAAUGACCGUUUUCUUGUUUUUCGAAACAAAGGUUUAGGAAUGGAAAAUGAUCGACUCCUCUUCAACUUUGUCCAGAGUACUUGAUAACCAGCAGGUACCAGUUUGCAAUUCGCAUGUGGGAAAUUAUGAUCAUCAAAAUUUGGGGCGUCCUUUUUUAAAUAAAAAGUUCGAUGUCUGCUACGACGGCUGGUUGCCGGGAUCCCAACCUCCACCUUGUUUUUGUUGUCUACUGACAAACAAAGUGUGUCAACAUCGCAAAGAGUUGCCAUCUGGUUCACUAUGCUCACUUGGAUGAAGCCUUUUUUCCGUUUUGACGGAACACGAGCAUUUACCAAGUUUUUAAAUCUCCUGCUCGAAGUUGUUUUUCGACGUGGCGGUACCAUCAGUCUAUGGAUGGUAUUUCUACUUACGGUGAUACCCAGUGUACUUUUUACAUGACGAACAAUGUCCUGUAAAGUUACGCCAUUUGUAUACAUCGUAUUGCUUCGACGUCGAAGAUGUGCUCCAGCUGAGCUUUGUUCGACAUAAUUUCUUAUGCAUGGAACAAGAUCGUGGUGUUUUAUAUGCGUGGAACGAUUUUUAUAUUUCCUUGUCAUUUCUAAAAACAAAAGAAAAAGCUGCAUAAAAAAUUAAAAAAAGGCACACUAUUUCUCUUUGCGUUAUCAAGAUUUCUAAAAGAAAGUCUGAAUAAAAAAACUAGAACAAAACAACGGUGCUGCAUACUGAAUUUAAAAUAAAUUCAAACCUCGAUAAAGUUGUUCAACUUUCUCUUCGUCACUAUGUUCCGUUUCCGAAUCACUGUCGAACAUCCAGUCACUAUCGUCAGUUUCAUAAGUUUCUGAAAUAUUUUCCAUUUUAAAGGAAAUUGUUAGUUUUAAGAAAAACUGUUUAUUUUUAGUUUUGAAAAACUGUUUUACGAUUUUUACGAUAAAAGAUGUUGUUGAUGAUGUCGAUGUUCUGUUGAAUAAAAGAAAGAGAAACAAUAAUUUUACAUUUAUAAGUUUAAUUGGUUUUUAAUUAGUUCGACAUCGUUUCAAAAUUCGUUUCAAUAACUUCGAAGACUUUUACAUCGUAUCACAAAUAAUAUUUUGACAAUCGUAUCAAAUCGUUUCAGAAUUUUUUCUAAUCGUUUCAAAAUAGUUUCAAAAUCGUUUCACAAUCGUUUCACAAUCGUUUCAUUUUUAACAAAAUUUUUUUGCAAAUAAAAUAUGAAACAUUUAAUUCGUUUCAUGAUAGGAUUAUGAAACGAUGUAAAAAAAUUAUUGAAACGAUUUCCAUCGUAUGGAAAUCGUUUCAAUUCGUAUCAAAACUGAAACGAUCUUGGAGACGAUCCCUUACCCAACGUACAUUCAUAAAAUUUUGACCUUCAUCUAUGAAUUCUUCAUAGACUUUCUGAGACUUCCACGACUGAAGCUCCCGUUGUUUGGCAAGUUCUGUCAGUGUCAACUUGGGCAAUGAGGAUUUCUGAUUGUAAUACCUCUUGAUUGUUGUUGCUUUUGUUAGUAUGAUGCCACGUUGUUACGUCACUACUGAAAUCAACUGAUUGAAAUUCAGCUUCGGGUGACUUAACAUUCCAUGAAUACUUCCAUUUUCCUGUCGAUUUUCCUGAUCUGCUAUGUAGGGUUCUCUUUUUGCAUGUAUCGUCAUUUUUGAGUUGAUACUCCACGGUGUCGUUUUUACGCAAAGAAUUUAGAUUAGGACACUUCUGGUUGUCAGAUGAUACUUGUUGGACAUCAAGAGAUUGUUGUUGUUUAAAAUCUGUGUCUAAUGUUCUUGUGUUUGUCGCUGCUGAAGACAUGUAGCGUUGCGGUCUAUAUGUGUUUCUGGAUCUUGGAGCAGUUGCAUGUGGUGUAGGAGGGGGUGUUGGUGCAAUCGUUGGUGGAGUAAUGGAAACAUGAUGUGGUUGUUCAUCAGAAUCACUGUCGUCUUUGGGUGCUUGACUCUGUUUUUCUGGAGUACUUCGUGAACCAGAUGUGACAGCAUCUUUUUCUGAUGAUAUAUGAUUUGAAUCAUCUUGAUCACAGAUAGUAGAAUCAUUGUUUCGCACAGGGGAAUUUCCAGCUGGUCGUAUGCGGCAAGGGUGUACUCUGAUGUAAUAGCCACCAUAAUUGAGCAAUGUUUGCUGUCCAUCUUUCCCUAAAACUGUAGCUGAUCCUCUUCAUUUUGUUUCGUUGUUCCUCUUGUAGUAAACAAUAUCUCCAGUGAGAAUAACAACAUCACUGUAGGUACGAGUAAUAAUAAUAAUAAUAAUAAUAAUAAUAAUAAUAAUAAUAAUAAUAAUAAUAAUAAUAAUAAUAAUAAUAAUAAUAAUAAUAAUAAUAAUAAUAAUAAUAAUAAUAAUAAUAAUAAUAAUAAUAAUAAUAAUAAUAAUAAUAAUAAUAAUAAUAAUAAUAAUAAAUAUUUAAAGUGGCUAGCCCAGAAAAUCACAAAAACCUAUAGUUAUUGGAUUGUUUCCACUGGGGGCCACUAGAACAAAAAAGAAACAAAAAAUGAUAAACCUUAGACUGCCUCAGCUCAAUCAAACAUAGUAACAUUUAUAAUCUGUGAAAAUUGAAAAGAAAAAGAAUAAAAAACAAAAAUUAAAAAGUUAAAAAGUGAUCUCCAUUAGAAUUUGCUAAAUACAUUAGAGAUGAAAGUCUUCCAUCACAGGUCACUUGGUCUGGAAGAUUAUUCCACACUUUUGCAGCUCUAAAUGGGAAGGCUUUUUUGCCAAAUUCCGUGUUGACCAAGGGAAGUGUGAACCUGUUUUUUGAAGCUCCUCUUGUUUGAUGAUUAUGACAGUUUUUUGUCAAAAGGAAUUUUGAGCGCAUGUAAUCAGGAGCAAUGUGAUUCAUGGCUUUGAAAACUAAUAUGGCAUCGUUUUUGAUGAGUAAAUUAUUCAUUGAAUAUUCCCUCUCUUUCCCAAGAAAGGUACGGACACAUUUUAAUCGUUUUUCUAGUUUUCCCAAUCUACCUUGGGUGGCACAAGCCCAUGCCGAGGAGCAGUAGUUGAAAUAUGGCAUGACAAGUGCAUUAAUUAAAAGGUUUUUUGUGUGAGGUGUUAAACAGGAUGCAAUGGUUCUAAUUUUAGAAUAUUUAAUUAAUAUUUUUCUAUUUAUGUCAUUAAUGUGCUUUUCCCAUUGCAUUUUUUGAUCAAAUGUUACCCCAAGAUAUUUAACUUUUUUUGCUCCUCUUCAAAGGAAUACCCAUAUAGUUGAUAGUUUAGUUCUCAACUUUUUUUAAGUGGCUGUGGUUGCCGAAAAAGAUUGUUUCAGUUUUGUCCGUAUUAAUAGUCAUUUUGUUAUUAUUCAGCCAGAGGUCGACUUGCGAAAGUUCUAACUUGACCUGGGAGACAAGGGUAUCCAAGUUUUUAUGAGACGAAAUAAUUAUUGUAUCAUCUGCAUAUAGAUGGUGGUAGUUUGAAUUGAUGACAGAUUUUAAGUCAUCAAUAUACAAAAGAAAGAGCAGGGGCCCCAACACAGAUCCCUGCAGCACCCCAAAAGCGUCUUCAUGAAGCAGAUCUGAUCCUGUGUCGUUUACAAGAGUCAGCUGCAUUGGGCCCGUUAAGUAGGACUCGAACCAGUCAAAGGCAGCAUCUCUGAUGCCAAAACACCAUAGUUUUUUAACAAAAUUUUAUGAUCAACAGUGUCAAAAGCUUUUUUAAGGUCAAUGAGCACAGCACAAACAAAGGUAUGUUGGUCGAGCUCAGUAAGAAUAAAAUCAGAGACAUCGACUACUGCAGUUUCUGUGGAAAAGAGUUUUCGAAAUCCGGACUGUCUGUCAUUCAAGAAGUUGUGCUCAGAAAUAAAAUGAGACAUUUGCUCAUGCACUAACUUUUCAAAAAUUUUCAUAGGAAUUGGCAAAAUGGAGAUAGGCUGAUAAUUAGUAGGAUCUGUUUUAUUGCCACUUUUAAAAAUAGGCGAGACCCUUUUAGUGUUCCAACAUUUAGGUACAUAACCAGUAAAUAAAUAUUUGUUGAAAAGACUUUAUAAAUAAAUACUUAAAACUGACGAACCUGCUUUUAGCAGUCGUGAACCAAUUCCGUCCAAGCCUGUAGCUUUAUUAAGUUUUAGUGAACUAAUUAUUUUUUCAACACUUUUGGUCUCAAUACGAGCCCACCGAAAAUCGUGUCCGUUAACAGGUGGAUUAACAUUUAUUAGUAGUGUCAGAAGAAAAUUUAGAGGCUAGUUUGGCACCAACACUGACAAAAAAUGAAUUGAAUGUGUUGGAAAUUUCUUUUGGGUGAGAAGUUUCCGUACCAUCGUUUUGGACUACUCGUUUUAUCGAGGUAGUAUUGCCUGACUUAUCAGGAACCAGUUUUUUUAGGGUUUUCCAAAGUUGUUUUGGCCGUUUUUGAAAGUCCUGCAAAACGUCAUUAUAGUACUCGUUUUUAAGUCGAUUUUUGAGGCCUAUUACCUGGUUCCUUUUUUGUUUGAAAGCUUCCCAGUCUAUGAUGGAUUUUGUUUUUGAUGCUUUCCGUUUCAAGAAGUCUCUUUCUUUGAUGGCUAUUAUUAAUUCAUCAGUGACCCAUGCCUCAACACGGCCAGAAAAUCUAUGUGUUUUGAAAGGGGCAUGUUUGUCAGCCACUGUUUUAACAUUUUUAUUCAGUUUCUCACAUGCUUCAUCAAGGUCAUCAUAAUUAUUAAAAUAUGACCAGUCUAAAUUCCUGAGGUCCUUCAGAAAAGCCUCUUCACUGAAGUUCUUGUAGCUACGAACCUUGCAUGUUUUAGGUUCAAAUUUUGGCCUUUUGAAUUUUCUGAUCACAUAAACUAAAUUGUGAUCACUGAUGCCUAAAUCCAUGACACCAGUUUUAGAAAUACAAGAACUGUUAGAAAGUAUCAAGUCUAUAAGAGUGUUACUAUUUUCAGUAACACGAGUUGGCUCCGUAAUAUGUUGUUUUAGGAAAAGAGUGGAGCAUAAUUCCUUUAUUUUGGAGGAAAGAGCAUAUUUUGAAAGCAUGUUACAGUUAAAAUCUCCCAAGAUAAAAACUUCUUUUUCUUUUGGGAGCUUGUUAAAACACUGUUUAAAAUGAGUACACAGGUUUUCGGUACUCUGCAAAUCACUACCUCCAGGUGGCCUGUAAACCCCACACACGUAAAUAGGUUUAGUUUUUUUCAGGCACACUUUCACCCAUAGUGAUUCAACAUUUUCGAAGUAAAGGUGUUUCAAAAGGUGGCUAUCCAAGUUUUCAUUAACAAAAAUUAGAACACCCCCACCUCGUCUAUUCCGAUCAUUCCUAUAACAAACAUAGCCAUCAAUUUUAACGUCAUUGUCAGUGAUGGUGUCAUCAAUUUUGGUUUCACAGAUAGAGAAUACAUCAAGUUUUGUUUGAUGUAGCAGAAGUUUAACAUAGUCUAGUUUGGAUGACAGACCAUUAAUGUUGAGAUGGGCCAUUUUUAAGCCCUUCCCAUUUCUGAUUGCUUCAAAAUCAAAGUUUUCAUCAAUAGUAAUAUUGAUGUUGUCCGGAAUUUCGUCACCAAAUGACUCCUCAUUAGCAAAGGGCAAAUUACAAGAAAGACAGGGACUGCAAACGAAAAACAGUUUAUCUUCAAGAGUCUCUUAUAAAUUGUUGAUAUUUUUUAUCAGAAAUACGCUCACAUUUUUUAUGAGCCCAUAAUCCACACUUGUCACAAGAAAGUGCUUUGUGUGUUUUUGCCACAGGUUUUCAGCAUGAAGAACAGGGAUACUUAACAGGACCUGGGUUGAGGCAGAUGUCCCCUGACAAGAGGAUUAAAAAAUAGAAAUACUUGUGCCUGCUUGGCUUAAGUUUUGAUAAAGCCAUUAAUUUUAACUGGAGAGUGAGCUGGCUUUCAGAAACUCUAUUGCAAGCAUCAAGUGAAGAGAUAGAAAAGAAACUCCUAUCUAGUCGACUCAUUUCGUUGUUGUUGGGUGAGCUACUUUUGAACAAAGGUUUUGUAUUGCUCAAAAAUACAACAAACACAAAAAUCAGUUUUAGCGUAAAUGUGGGGUUUCCUACCUGAGUACAGUUAUUUUUAAGUCGUAGAGAGUCAUUCUACGGUUAUGUGCUCUUCCAAAACUAUGUUUGAAGGAUCUGAGGCAAGCCCAUUUCUUGAAAGGGCACGGCGAAGUCGUUCUGAUCUUUCAUGGUGCAUAAAGGCCUCUCUAGCGGCAUGUAGAGCAUUUAAAUUCUGGCGAAGUAUAUCACUUGUUGGUAUAUCUGCAGUCAAUGCUGGCAAUUCAUUAUUCAUAGCACUAGGGAGGCGUGGGUUGCCUCCAAUUGCCAGUUGAUAUGGACUGAAACCAUGGCAAUUGGUGAGGGAAUUCUUGGCAUUGACACACCAAGAUAGGACGAUAUCGAAAUCACAGUCGGUAUCUUCCAGAACUUUGUCCAGCAUUGCGGAUAUAAUUUGGUUGUGACGCUCAACAAGACCAUUGGACCAAGGAGAUUCAGCUCCAGUUGUUUUCACUUUGAUGUUCAUUUGUUCACACAUUUCCAGAAAGGAUUCAUUGAUAAAUUCACCACCAUUAUCAGAUAGGAACUUAUUUGUAGUGCCAUAAACACUGAUCCAGUUGGAGAUAUCCCUUUUAUGAUGUGCUCAGGACAUUUGGAAGGGAUUCUUACACAGGCCGAAAGACCUGUAGCAUGGUCGAUCAUAUGUAGCAGUAUCUUUUGAUAAUUUUUCAGAUCCAUGGCAACAGUGUCUAGAAAUUUGUUGGCUGAUGGUAAACCAACAACGGGUCUGAGUGCAGCUCUGCCAUGCUGUUGACAUGUUUGGCAAUUUUUCACAACAGCAUGCAGCUCUUGCUCCAGCUCUUUAUCAUGUGCCCAGGGGUCGCCAGCAGAUUUUACCAACUUGAUGAGUGUGAACUGGUGCAUGCGCAAACUGACGGUGUAUCUUCAGUACUUGGUUAUGCUUUGAUGUUGCUUCCUGAACAGGUAAGACAAUGUUUGGUUUGCAUUUUGUAACAACCAUGGACAAGAGUUGUGUUUGUCUGGUGAGUGGAACUGUAUAAUGACCACUCUUCGUCACAUUGAGUUUCACAACAGUGUUAAAUACUGACGCAGUAUCAUCUUUGAAAUCAAUGGACAUGUUUGCUUUUUUCAUAGCUUCUCGAGAAAGGAGUAGUGGAAUGUCUUUUUCAGCAAUGUCAGUGGAAAUACCUAUUUCACAGAGACCAAGAAAGGCAGGUAUGGUGGCUGUCUGGGUAGAUGUGACCUCAUUUCCAUCUCCAAAGCGAUAGACGUUGGAAACAGGUGAUGUUUUAACCUUUUUAAGGUCAGUUUCGGAAAGGCUUCGAUGAAAGUGUUAUACCAACUACGGCCACAAACUGUUUUCAUAGCACCACUGUCAAGAACAGCAGCAUUCCAAGAUUCUGCCACCAGUCCAGGAAGAUGUUUUGGGUGGUCAUAAUCACUUUGAAAUAAUAUAAUCUUAUGACAAGUGUCAUGUUCCUCAACUUGAUAUAGGCUCGGAUCAUUUUCUUGCUCCUGGAAGUAAACAUAUCUGUGAGGAAGAGGUUGAUUUCGUGGACGCAUGAAACGCUGAUUAUCGUUUUGGUGUUUUUUAUCGGGGCAAUCUGCAGCCCAAUGAUAAAUUGAUUCGCAAAUUCCGCAACAACUGAUUUGCCCAGUGCGUGAUGGUGGAGUUUUGGAACUUGCCACAGAAGAGUAUCUUUUAAUCGGUUGUUGGUUGGUUUGUGUUCGUCUGUGAGGAUAGCGUUGAUAAUCUUGAUUGCUAUGUCUGCCAGCAAGUAUGUUGGAUAACAUUCGUCAUUGUCAAUGUUUUUAUAAGUGACUUCAUUAAUUUCAUGGACUUGUAAUGAAUUGGAAGCUUGUGAUAAGCUUUCUUUAUCUGGAAAAAUUUUCUUAAGUUGGGCUUUCAUGUUGAUCAAUGUAAGCUCUGUAACGGUACCUUUGGCCAACUUUUCAUCUUGCUUUGAGAGAUUUGGUGAUUUUAGGAGCUUGUAAGCAAGGAGAUCUUCGGAUAUAGUGGUACCAUGGCUCUGCAGUUUGAAAUACAACUUUUCAAACUGGUGAAUGUGUUCUUGAAUGGAAGUUUCAGAUGUCCGCUUGUAAGUGUCAAACUUACAGACCAGAGCUUCAAACUUUUCUAAUAUUGUGUCUUUCAAAUAAAGUUUAUCUAACUUUUCUAAAACCUUUUCCAAUCCAUCAUCGCUAUUACUGAUUUCUAAUUCAAGUUCAAGUACGGCUUCUUCAGCCGACCCAUCUAAUGUCAAUAAUACGGCUGCUCCGUGCUUCUUUUUCUAGAGUGUGGUGAAUGAGGACCAGAUAUUCACUUUCUUUUUCCAAUCAGUGUAUAAUGAACUUGUAGACAACAAGGGAGGAUUUUUGUUUGACAACAUUUUGCAUCCAAAAACCAUGUAACAUCCAGAGUCGGGGAUAUUGUUCCAGCUGCUACCACUGUUAAAUUGAAAUAUAACACUUACAGUUAGUUUGAUCCUGUCCAACUAGAUUGAUACUUUGGUGAUACUUCAGUUGAUAUAAACUCAGCGUCCCAUGCAGCUGUAUUAGUUAGAUAACUAUUAAUGAGAAGAUACAACUAUCACUUAUUUCUUAACACUUCUUCAGCAUCAAAUGUUCUUUUUUAUGUUCUUCCGAAAAAAUAGGUUAAAACAUGGCUACAGUCACAAAUAAUGAGGAAAAUUUGUAGGAUUGGGGAGAUAGAUGUUGAUAUUGUAAAAAACAGAUAUACUGGUAAACAACGUAUACUGGUAAAGAGUAAGAAAAACUAUUUAAAAAUAAUUGUUUCUUGGUAGCAUUAGACUCACAUUAAAAAAAUUUAAUUUAAUUAACCACUCUCUACUUGUCUUCAGAGUCCAACUGCUUUUUGAAACAUGCGUUUCGAAUUUUUACAGUUCUCAAUUUCCUGGUUUCUAUUGUUCGGAGUUCCAGAGAUGACUUGUUCCGGAGUUCCAGGGUUACUUGUUCCGGUGUUCCGAGGGUCACUUGUUUCAGAGUUUCAGUGUUCCGGUGGUCCGUGUUUCAUGUUCCCCAAUAUCGAAUUUUAGACUGUUAUCACAAUCUUAAAUUCAUUUAAUAAUGCCAAAGAAUUCCUUGUUUGCUCAUCCAUGCCACAGUGGCAUGUUGUCGCAACAAUAACUUCAUGUCCAUCUAUUGAAUUUUAGACAAUUAUAACAAUUUUAAAUUUUAAAUUCAUUAAAUAAUAACAAAAAUUCUUAGCGUGCCACAAUCACAAUGAUAUCAUUUUGUCACAACAAUUUCGGCAUACCAUAAAUUGCAAAUAUUGCACCACUUUGCUUACCAUGCGAAUGAUAAAAGCUUUCGUUUAUUGUAAGCAUGGCUGGACCACAUUUGCACCCUGACAAGUUUGUUUGCACUAAAAUUGUUGUGUGCAAUCGUACACAUCAACUAAUGCAGCAUGCAUGAAACUUUGUUUGCAUAAAAUCUUAAUUCACGAAGGUCUGUGGUUUGUGGGACUAGGAAAUUGUAUUUAUGGGGAGGUAGGUAUCACAAUGCAUUAGAUGUUAUUUAUAAUUAUUAUUUUAUUUUUUUUCUACUUUUAAACUGUAAACAUUUUUUUUAUCUUGAUUCAACCUUUUCAGUAUACCAAAGUUGUCUAGCAGUAUACCAAAGUUGUCUAGUAAUUAAAAAAAAAUAUUACCUACUGAAAUGGGAGCUUUGAGGUUUCUUAAAUAUUUGAAAGUACACAAUACUUUUACUGUAGCUAAUUUGAAUUUGUUAUCUAGUACACAAUACAAUAUCGUUUUUUAAUAUACAUUUAUUUUGCGUUUUUUCAUAUAACAUUUCUGCAAACAUUAUAUUAGAAACAUGCAUAGUUAAAUAAACAAUUUAUUUUUUUAAAUUUAUUCUUACCUAUGAUUUUACUCUUUACUCAUUAACUUUGUUGAAGCUUAAGUCUUUAGUAAAUUAGAUUUAUUAAAAAAAGAGACAUUUGUUUAUUAUAUAUUGUAUAUAUAUAUAUUUUUCUUGCUUGGAAUUUAAUAAAGCUAUUACAGAUAACAACCACCUACUUAAAUAAAUACACCUAAUCCCCCUUUCUAAUUCAAACUUUUUUCACGUUUUGCAUGUUUUUGUUUUUGUCACCAAUUGCUGUGUCUACGUGAAUUAGAAAGGCUAUCUGUCCAAUUUAACGGAUAAAUGUUGCUCUCAUUGCAUCACAUUCCCCAAAUAAUAGCCAAAUGUGUACUGCGCUGUUGUCAGACUCUUUUCGUAGUAAAUUUAUUAUGAUAACCUUUGUAUUCUGCAAAACUUUGAUAUAACACUUUUCUAUAUUAUUUGUUUCUGAAAUGCUGUUUUCGAUGAAGGGUUAUUAAACCUUUACUUGUAAUAUAUAUCUAUAUGUUAUUGUUGAAAUAUUGUUUUUCAAAGUUUUUAAACUUUUGUGGCAUUAACGAAACAAUUUUGAUUAAAUAAUUUUAGUGUUAUGUAUGUAAUUCUUCUUUUACAUUGUUUUUUUUUACUGUAAUUUAUGCAAAAUUUUUAA